AUGGCCGACCCAUCAUCGGAAGUAUGCCCUGAUUUCGCCGGCGAAUUCUACAAUGCAAUCCACACAGAUCUCACUGCGGCAACCAAUGCCGAACCCCAACAAAUCAUUGACAGACUGGUUGAGACCUGGAUGGCAGGCCACGACGCGAGAGUCGCAGAAUGGAAUAGAUGCCGGGAUGAAGAAGCACAAGAAGAAGAAGAGAUGCAAUUAGUGCGUGCAGCUAGAGAAGAGGAAGAACACCUAGCAAGGCAAGUCGAGGAAGAGAACGAGCACCUCAAAUCAGAGAAGAAGAAGCCCAAGAUGAAUGGUUUCAAUGUAGCGUCCACCAUUGGCGAUGCCAUAGCGCUGCGUCCCUCCCAAUAUGCCAUCCAAAAACUAAACAAUUUUGAAUAUAUAGAACUAUGGUACUUCUCCCCCGAUGGCUGCAAAGAAGCCAUGAAGACGUCGUGUUCCAUUGCAGAUGAUACCUUCAGCCUAACCAAACUCGACGAUCAUCUAACCAUCCGCCCGACCUCUGCCUCCAAGGCCUCCAAAGCAGUGCUCCCAGACCACGAGCUAUCCUUCUCCACUUUCCUUCGAGUGAAGAACUUGUUUCUUACGCAAGCAAGCACUGCUAAAUGGCCUCAAGCAAACCUUGACGCCCUCGCCAUAUUUUUCUGGCACCUUGAGAACCAUGCCAUCCGAAACAACAGCAAAAUAGGCGACAUAGUAAUCCUGCACUAUGCAUCAUGUGUUCGCCAGGAGUGGCAUGACCGACUCAAACGUGAUGAAGCUUUCAACAUCGGAAUCAUCAAUGAAACCCUCCUCCGCACCAUUAAUGAAGAGAUUUGGGACCGAGUGCGCUCCAGAUCUUUGAACACUGUGCGUAAUUUUUCCCUUGCUACUACACUGCAACAAUAA